AUGAAGUAUAUGUUAUUGGCUUUGGUGCUAACAAUGGCACUAAGUACAUCAAGUGAGGAAAACGUAUUACAAUUAUUGGCUGAGUUAAAGCACAACGCUGAGUUAGAAUUAGAGGGAUUAGAGCUAGCUUGGCAAAGAAGAAUUGGUGAGAAAUAAAGUGUUGCUGAUUCUCUUAAUCAAUCUGUUUUGAAUUAAAGAGCUGAAUGUCAAAACAAAGAAGAUGAUAUAGCUUAAAAGCAAAGUGAUAUAUUAGCUAGUGAGAGUUUCAUUAAUUGGAUGAGUGGAAGAUAAAAGUCUAAUAUAAAGAAAAUUGGAGUUUUGGAAGCAAGCAUGUAAGAGUAUUUUAAAUAUAUGAAGAUGUGCAUUAACAAAUAAUUAUGUGAAUGAUAUAAGAAAUUUCAGAUAUGCUUUAGCCUUAGUAAAAUUUUUAAGAGAAGAACUGACAUAAUUAGAAGGAGGAGCAUCAUCUUUAGCUUAAGUGACAUAAUUCCAUGAUAGAGUUAGCAAAUUCGUCAAACUCUAUCGUAGUGGAUAAUUAGUCAAUUUAAUGGAAAAGAUUGAUGAUAAAUCAGAUCUCAUUGUCCCUGAAAUUGAAUAAGGUACAUUUGAUGAAAUUUCACUUAUUCAAAGAAUCAGACCUAGAGCAUUGACUUAAUUGGAUUAAGUUGAUGAUGAUGAUAAGGCAAAUAAUGCAGUUGUUCUUAUUCCAGGAUGUGAUAAUUAAAUUGGAACUGUAGUUGUUGUUUAAAAUGAUGAUGGAACAACUGAUUCUGGAGAUCUUAAUGUUAAAAUCACCAAUGGAGGUGGAGUAAGUACAUAACCAAGUGGAGGUAAAACAGGUUCUGGUUCUAAACCAACACAUAAAGAUACAUCAUCAAAGAAAGAAGAAACUAAUAAUAAUAUUGAGGAUGCAGAUUCAGGUGAUUCUGGUAAUUCAGAUGAUACAGGUGAUUCAGAUGAUACAAAUGAUUCUGAUAAUACUAAUGAUUCUGAUGAUACUAAUGAUACUAAUGAUACUAAUGAUUCUGAUGAUACUAAUGAUACUGAUGAUUCUGGUGAUGAUGAUCAUCCUGAAAUUAUUAUUGAUGAUUAAUAACCAGAUCAUCAUGUUGAUGAGGAACCUCAUUUUGUUAUUUCUCCUCCUCCAAAGGGUCCUCAUGCAACUGGAGCUGUUGUCCCACCUGAAGAUGAAGAAUUUGCAGAUAAUUGGGAAGUAUUAUGAUUAUUUAUUACAUUAGGGUUUCAGAAAAUUAUUAGAUGCUAUUGAAAAUCAUACCAGAAAGUCUUUAGAGACUGGAGCCAAUGAUGAAGUGAGAUCUAAUUUAGGAUUUAUUGAUUUCAAAUUACAUGUUGAAUUAGAAAAUCAAUUCUUCGACAAAACUAUUUAAUAUGAAAAAGAUUAUUUGGUAAUAUAUAUAAUAAUUAUCAUUAGGUUAAAUAAGUAAAUUAAUUAACAGGUAGAAGAUAAGCUUCUAUUUUGUGUGGAGCUAGAUUAAAAUAAAUUACAGUAGCUCAUUAAGUUGCUUUGAAAGUAAGAUUCUAUAUUUAUUAAAGGAUAUUGAUGCUGCAAAAUAAUUCUAUGAAGAACAAAGAAAAUUGAAGUAAGAAGAAGUGAAUACCUUUGAUGAUGUUUAUCGCAUCUAUACCACAUAAGUGAAUCAUUGAU